AUGACGGAGGGUGGAGUAUUCCCCACUGUGGUGUCUCACUGUUUUGACGAUGUUGUGCCAUAUGCCUUGUGGGCCAGAGGAGACCUCCAUCAAGCGACCGAGUAUUUCAUGUCACUUUCACAGAGUUCAACCAAAGAAAGCCUUAAAGGUUUGUACCUCAAUGAGGUGGGCCGUAUGCAUGCCCAGAUUGGUGCCAUGGAAACAGCAGCAAAAUUCUACAGACUGGCUUCUGAUGCUGUGCUAAUGGAUGGCAAGAACAGUGUUUACAGAGACGAAGUCACCACACAAAUGUUGAUGUUGGUUGCUAACCUCUAUGACCAGGGGAUCCUGACACCUCAGAAAGGGAAGCAAUCAGCGCAGGCUUGGAAUGUUGUGAAGACCAAUAAAUACAGCCACAAGGUCGACGGUCUGGAGCGACAUAUUAUUGACACUUAUUUUUGUACUCACUGUGGAUCAGUUCAAGGAAGAGAAUGGUUGGAGCAAGCCAAGCCAAUGUUGAUUGAUCUUUCAACCUCUGACCCUAAACUCCUCUACUACCUCAGCCUGGUUCAUGCCCUGUUAGGGGAGGAAAAGCAGGCACACACAGUCUACUGGGAUUAUGUGAAAGGCAUGGAGGACUCCAUGGCUUCGGAUGGUAGAGCGAUGGUGUCCCUCAGUGGAGAAGGGGCCAAAUGUAACCCCUGGAGACCCUUGGUUACCAUGGUGAAGGAAGUGGACAAUAACGUCCAGUUCCUUCCUGUGUUAUGGAGAAUGCAGCUUCAGCAUCUUAAAGUUUUUCCAGGAUCUGGUCUUGAGAGUGACAUUUGUUCCAAAACACUUGACCUGCACUUUGACAGUAGUGGAGGGCUAACUGGAAACAUGCAUAUGUUGCUGCCUCAAAGACGAAGAGUCAGACUCAACCCUUACACAGGUGCCUUGCAGUUUGAUCAGCACAAUAGUCCGACCAAGGUUCUGACAGCAUGGGAUAGAAAUGGUGAAAAUGAGUCCAUCGCAGCAGCAACCUUUGUGAUACCAACACUGCUAGAGGUCUACAACCAAGAUGGAAUCAAAGUUCACUUCAUGCUCGGGCAAAAAGCAGGGAAUAUGUCUGAUGGGAGUGAUAUGGCAACCCUGAUCUGGACAGGUCCUCACGGACAAAAGGCCUGAUUGAACAUCGUCAAGUUAUUCAGGGAGCACUGCAUCAAGGAGGCUAAAGAAUCCGUGGCAAGAACCUAUGGAUCAAUGUCACCCGAUAACAUUUUACUAAGAGAGGAUGCACAAAAGUUCAUAG